AGUACACAGAGUUUGAAUGAAUUGUUUAUACUACUGUUCAUCUAUAAGAAAUAACUUUUCUUAUUCAUAUUCAGCGUCAUUGCGAUUCGGUAUCGGAGUAAUCCUGCUAGCAAUAUGCCUGCCCCAGCCAUUGCACGCGUUGCACGAUUUCGCGGGUAUGUGCCGCCUGUUCAAAAAUGGCACCCACAUCCGCAAGCCGGGCACCUGCGACGAGUACAUUGAAUGCAUAAAUGACACUGGAGUAAUACACACCUGUGCCGAUUCCCUGGUCUUUGAGCCAAGUUCACAAAAGUGCGUGCAGGCAACGGCGAGCAACAGCGUUUACUGUGGCAAUCCUUGCGAGGGAUUGGAUGGAAAAUGGGUAGCAGAUCCAACAGACUGCCAAAAUUACUUCUACUGCAGGAACGGCGAAGCCCUGGGUGGUCACUGCGAGAACUCGCAGCAUUUCAAUGAGACCAAGCAGUCGUGCGAGUAUGGAGUCGACUCGCUUUGCGUGGACGUAGCAAAUAUAUGCGAAAUAUUGCCCGACAAGACCAAGUUUCGGCAGGAGAAUGACUGUAACGAGUACUAUGAGUGCAAGAGCGGAAAGCAUACACUUAAGACUUGCUCGUCAACGCAGUACUUUGAUGUAGAGAUCGGCGGCUGUGCGCUUAAAAGUCAAGUGAAAUGCACAGCGCAUUCCAAGAAGGAUGUUUGCGGUUCCAAAAGCAAACCGAUUUCUGGCUUCCAAUCGGACGGUGCCACUUGCCGCGGCUACUUCUAUUGCGCCGACCUCGGCGCCGUUCCCGACAUUGAUCCCAUGUGGGCCCAGUGUCCAGAGGGCUACUUCUUCGACGACAUUAACAAGAGAUGCGGCCUGCCCACUUCGGUGGUGUGCACACACAACCGCUGUGAGGGGCGUGGCACCAUGCUGGUUACCAGCAGCAGUAACAACUGCCACAACUAUAUUACGUGUGUGGACGGCGUCGAAGUUGAGGAGAACACCUGCCAUUGGGAUUAUUUUUUCGAUGAGUCAGCGCAAGGCUGCUCUAGUAAGAUUAUUUACGACGAGUGCUGCGAUGGUCGUGACUGAGCUAAAGCCGUGUCAAUUCAUGCAUAUGUGUUUGUACAUGUCGAUAUGUAUUUGGGUACUGGGAUGUGUAGGUGUCAAUCAAAUAUUUGACAGCAGGUACAAUUUGUUUGUGUACAAUGUGAAUUCCAAUUGUUAUUUAAACCAUGUA